AUGACCACUACCAUUAAUGAAACUGAUGAUCUCAAGAGUAUAUGGCUACAAACUAGAGAUGACAAUUUUAAAGUAGAUGCUAAAAAGUUAGAAAAAGCGGAGGCAAAAUUGCAACAGAAACAGCAAAAGCAGAAGGAUGCCAAAGUACCUGUCACUGCUCCCGUGUUACAAACGGCAACAGCCUCACAGGUUACCUCCAAGAAGGAUAGCAAGCUUGAAGCUAAGGGUACAAACAGGACUCAAGAUAUAAGAAUAGAAAAUUUUGAUAUUGCCUAUGGUGAUAGAGUUCUAUUACAAGGUGCAGAUCUUGUCCUAGCAUUUGGCCGGAGAUAUGGUCUAGUAGGACGUAAUGGUCUUGGUAAAACAACAUUGCUUCGAAUGAUUUCUGCAAAGCAAUUAAAAAUACCAUCACAUAUAUCAAUAUUGCAUGUUGAACAGGAGGUAGUUGGAGAUGAUACACUGGCAUUACAAAGUGUUUUAGAAUGUGAUACUGUAAGAGAGAACUUAUUAAAAAGAGAAAAGGAAAUCACUGCUGCAAUUAACAAUGGGUCAACAGAUACAACAUUAUCGACAGAAUUAAGUGAAGUGUAUGCGCAAUUAGAAAAUAUCGAGGCAGAUAAAGCACCAGCACGGGCUUCGAUAAUUCUGAGUGGUUUGGGUUUUACAACGGAAAUGCAGAGCAGGGCAACAAGAACAUUUUCCGGAGGAUGGAGGAUGAGGCUAGCAUUGGCACGCGCCUUAUUUUCAAAACCGGACUUAUUGUUACUUGACGAGCCCACUAACAUGUUGGACAUAAAAGCUAUCAUAUGGUUGGAAAACUACCUACAGAACUGGCCCACGACGCUCCUAGUGGUCUCCCACGACAGGAAUUUCCUUGACACUGUUCCAACAGACAUUCUUCAUUUGCAUUCCCAGAGGAUAGACACAUACAGGGGUAAUUAUGAGCAGUUCCACAAGACGAAGACUGAGAAGCAUAAGAACCAGCAGCGUGAAUACGAGGCGCAGCAGCAGCAGCGAGCUCACAUGCAGGAGUUCAUCGACCGUUUCCGCUACAACGCCAACCGUGCCUCGUCGGUACAGAGCAAGAUCAAGAUGCUCGAUAAACUUCCCGAAUUGAAGCCAGUAGAAAAAGAGCUUGAUGUUCAACUGAGAUUUCCCGAGACUGAGCCGCUCUCUCCGCCUAUAUUGCAGCUUAACGAAGUGGGCUUUUACUAUUCUAAGGACAAGGUCAUCUUCUCUAACGUCAAUCUUGGCGCCACAUUGGAGUCUAGGAUAUGUAUUGUUGGCGAUAAUGGCGCCGGGAAGACAACGCUGUUGAAGAUCAUCAUGGGCAUCCUGUCACCUACGAGUGGGGUGCGCAGUGUCCAUCGGGGUCUCAAGUUCGGAUACUUCUCCCAGCAUCACGUGGACCAGCUCGAAAUGAAUGUGAACUCGGUAGAGUUGCUGCAGCGAAGCUAUCCAGGCAAACCGAUAGAAGAAUACAGGAGACAACUGGGCAGUUUCGGCGUGAGCGGCGAUCUCGCCUUGCAGACAAUAGGGAGCUUGUCCGGAGGUCAGAAAUCCAGGGUUGCAUUCGCCACAAUGUGUAUGGGCAACCCCAACUUCCUGGUGCUCGACGAGCCGACGAAUCAUUUGGACAUUGAGACUAUCGAGGCUUUGGGCAAGGGGAUCAACAAGUACACGGGCGGCGUGAUAUUGGUGUCCCACGACGAAAGGCUGAUACGGAUGGUGUGCAAGGAGUUGUGGGUGUGCGGCGGCGGUUCCGUCGCCAGCAUAGAGGGCGGUUUCGACGAGUACCGAAAGAUCGUCGAGAGGGAGCUAGAAGCGCAGAACAAA